UUUAUCUUGUACAUUGUUCAGCAAGUGUCUUACUAAUGUGGCCUUGAAAUGCAUUGCACUGAGCUCUCAGGGCCAUUGUUCAAUAAGUCUAAAUAUUCAUGUGAAUGCCAAACCAGGAUGAUACUGCAGACAUCUGCUAAAUCUUUACUCUGUAUUCUAAGUGCUUGGUUCUUAAUCAUGUCACACUGGUAAGCAUAAACAUUGCAUGAUAUCAUCCACUCAGUCUUUCCAUGCAUUAGUGUAUGUUGUCUUUCCUCCAAGCUAUAAAUAAUUUUUAAUAGAAACUCUACCUCCAACCACAAUGUUAAGCUUUCUUUAGCAGUAAAUGAUUAAAUUAAUGUUUUAAUUAAUUCAGUGUUGAAAAAGAGAGACCUUUUCUGGGUCGGAAAACAUUUUUUGAUACAAGGCUUCUUUUGUUGGCAGCUGUCUCCUCCCACCUUUUCAUAGUGAGCAGGAAUCAGGACAAGCAAGAAACCUGACCUGCAAAGUAGCAGAGUCCCCUCCCCUUAGCUCUGCCUUCCCAUACCUGCUCUGGAAACCAUGAAGCAAAUCAAUACCAGUAGCUUCAACAACAGAGUGAAAGCGCUGUGGAAAAAAUGAUCUCUGACUCAGAAGGUGGAUUAUUUUGUCUUUGACUUUGUGGCAAACUUGACUACCUGCCUUGGAUUUUUAUUUUUUGACAAAAUGAAGACUCAGCUUGUGGGUGUGUGUUUAGCAAUUGUCGGCUUUCUUGGCACCAUCCUCAUCUGUGGACUGCCUGCAUGGAAGGUGACAGCCUUUAUUGGUGCAAACAUCAUCACUGCUCAGGUCUUCUGGGAGGGUUUAUGGAUGAACUGUGUGAUCCAGAGCACAGGUCACUCGCAGUGUAAAGCCUACGACUCCAUACUGGCAUUACCACAGGAACUGCAGGCUUCCCGGGCUCUGAUCUGCGUCUCCAUUGCUGUCAGUGUGGUGGCCAUUGGGCUCACUGUGGUUGGGGCCCGCUGCACAAACUUCUAUCGGGACGACAGGCCAGCCAAGGGUCAGAUUGGUCUUGCUGGGGGUGUUGUGUUUAUAGUGGCGGGGCUGCUGUGCAUCAUUCCUGUUAGCUGGUCGGCUCACAGCAUCAUCACUGGUUUCUUUAACCCCCUGGCCACCGAGGGGAGGAGGGGGGAGCUCGGGGCUUCCAUAUAUGUUGGCUGGGCUUCUGGAGCUCUGCUCGUCAUUGGAGGAGUGGUUUUGUGUAGCACCUACAGAUGCUGAGGAUGACGAGGAGAGAGGAGGAUGCCAGGAUGGGCAUAAAACACAGACUGCGGUCAAAACAUGGAGUAAUUGUUUAACUAUGAUGGGCUAUGAACUAUGAAGAUUUUGAUCAAGACUUUUUUUUUUUAUUGCACUACUGACAUUUUAUAAAUACACAAUUCUGAGUAAAAAUAAUUAAAAGGUGUCAAAUUCAAGUUUACAUUAUUGUACACGACCAUAAUGUUUAAGGUUGUUUUUAAAAUGAAGGAUUUUAAAAUGAAGUUAACCCUUUUUAAGAUAAUUAUCAAGAGGAACAUCUUUGAAUAGUUUUCAGUAUCACAUGAAUGAUGAAUGCUGCAGGAAGAUUUUUUUAUUAAGGCCUUGAUGUCAUUUUUUAAAGCAUAUUUUUUUACAAAAUGUAUUUUUAAAUGUGACAAGGACAUUUUCCCUUUAUUCAACAAUUUGUCUUUUUAAGUAGAAUCAGAUGUAUCUUUUAGUACAUUAUAACAGCAUAAGGAAAAGUAAUCAGCCUCAUGAAAUGUACCUUUAUUUUUGUAUCAUGCAAGAUUUAUGUUAACAGUUCAAUUGUAUAGAAAAAGUAAUAAAAUUAUUUUUGAGUAACUGA